UAUCAAGAAGUUCAAUAAGUAUUUAGGUAUUUUAUAUGUCGUAAUAAAGUGAAAGAGAUUACACGUAAAAUUUCUCUCUAAAUACUAUAUGGUACCUCUUUGUAAUUGAGUACAAAUUAUAAAUUUUAAUUGAAAAUACGAUAAAAAUGACAACCGAUCGAUUCCACAAAGCAACAAAAGAUGGUCUACUAGAUGUUUUAAAAGAAGCAACCAGACGCGAUUGUAAUGCAAAAGAUGAGGCAGGAAUGACACCUACACUAUGGGCUGCAUUUGAAGGCAAUUUAGAAGCUUUACGAUUGUUAGUUAGUAGGGGAGGAGAUCCUGAUAAGGCUGAUCAUUGGGGAAAUACAGCAUUACAUUUAGCUGCAGCUCGGGGUCAUACUGCAUGUGUAAAUUUUUUAAUUAAUUUUGGUGCUAAUUUACAUUCGUUAGAUAUUGACUUGCAUACACCACAAGAUCUGGCAGUGAUUAAUAGUCGUGAUAAAAUAUUACGUAUACUUGAUGCAGCUAUUGGAAAUUUAGACGCUACUGAUAAAAAAAAAGCCAAAGCAAUGCGGGAGAAAGCAAAAAAGGACAAUGAAAAACGUGUAAAAGAGUACAAUAAAAGACAACAAAAAGCUGAACAAGCUGCUGAAAAAGAAAUGAAACGUAUGAUAAAAGAUGGUGAAUUCAUUGAUACAAGAGGCACAUUACCACAUCGGCCCAGUAAUGUUUUAUUGUCAUUAAAACAUCGAAUGCAGAAAGCUGGCUCCAUGGGUAAUUUAUCAACGGUUGGUUUAAAUGGUACCACUUCACAGCCAUACAGUGCUUUAGUUAAUACUGGACCACGCGGUGCUAGCGGUGUACACAAAAAAUUACUUGCGCGCAGAGGCCCAACAAUAAAAAAUAAUAAUUCUACAGAUGGUGAUUUUAAGGUUAGUGAAAUAGAAGACGGGCGUAAAUCAAUUCGUUCACUUACUGGUAUCAGAAAAGAUAGUGAAGUCAUGUUUGUUGUAAAUAAUGAUCGACGUGGUAAAAUUGCUGAUGUAUUUCAUGAUCGGUUCGAUGAUCAUUCAACGAAUGUACCAUCUGGUCGAACGAGUUUAUCUCGAACGUUAUCACAACCAGAUUUUAUGCAGAACCACGAUGAUAUGUUGUUACAUGAACCAUCGAGCAUUUUCGAACGGCCUGGUAUUGGUAGCAUUGCAUUUAGAAAAACAUUAAAUGGUUUAACGGCAGCAACAUCAGCAGCAAGUGAAGAAUGUUCAAUUGGAUCAGCUGGAAGUUUAGCUGCAAGGCAACAAAGAAAAUUAACAACAGCUUUAUGGGAUCCUGAUACAAGUGAUUGUUCAAUUUCAAGUGAUGACGAUGAAAAUGACGCGAAAAGUGGAUUAGAACGAUUUUUAGCUGCAUGGGGCUUAAGUGAAUAUUUAGAUCGAUUUUUAAAUGAGAAAAUUGAUUUGGAUGCUUUGAUGUUGCUCACUGAAGAAGAUUUAAGACAAUUAAGUUUACCACUUGGCCAUCAUCGAAAGUUAGCUACGGCUAUUGCUGAAAGACGUAGUGUCUUACAAGGACCACCUCCGCCAUGCAUUACAGACAGUCGACUUUAAACAAUAAUUUUAUUUUAAUUUAUUUUAAAUGUAAAUGCCACAAAA